AAAAGUUUGUGAAAAUCUAUUCAUUUAUAUUAUUUGGAUUAAAUUAUGAAAAUGUUUGUUUGUUGUUCCCAAUUCUGAUUUUUUCUGAUCAACUAAUAAAUAAAUUGACACUUUCUAUAUAUAAAUUUAACUUGUUUCCUUCAUCUUCAUUCAUCUUAGUUGGUUGAUUCCUAUUAAGUUAAUCAAAUAUACAAGAAAAUAAUGUCAUUUAAUAGUCAGCGAUCUAAUUAUGAAAUUAAAGUUACCCCAACUCUUCAUCCUAUCCAUGAAUCAAAUAAUGAUAACAAUUCGAAGCCAUGUUUUCCCAUUCGAUAUUAUAUCGCUUUUGUCUCUUCGAUAACAAUGGCCAUUAUGUUUGCCGUUCGAAAUUGUCUAACUGUUGCAAUCGUUUCAAUGACUUAUGAUGAGGUGACGGAAUCAAUCAAUGGAAGUUCGUUGUUAACAUCUCUCAAUGGUGGAAAUGAUUCUGUGGUUAUUAAACCGCUAACCGAAAAGUUUCACUGGACUGCAAGUCAAGAGGGUGUCGUUCUUGGGGCCUAUUUCUAUGGUUAUGCAGCAUUUCAAAUAAUAACCGGAGUUUUAGCUGAUAAAUUUGAUGUUGUUCGUAUGAAUAUUAUUAGCACCGUUAUUGUGUCAGUUUUAACGGCACUUAUUCCAAUGGCAGCUCGUGCCGGUGUCAUUUAUAUCUCAAUCGCUCGGAUAAUUAUUGGUAUAUUUCAUGCACCAACAAUCGCGUUAAUAUUAGUUUUAGCCAGUAAAUGGUUCCCUCCGGACGAGGUUGUUUUACCGAUUUGUUUACUUAACUUUGGUUGUAACAUUGGUACUGCUGCGGCUAUGCCAUUCACCGCUUGGCUUUGUAAUCAAGUUCAAUGGGGAGGAUGGCCAAUGGUCUUUUACUCGAUGGCGGUAAUUAAUAUGAUCAUCCCUGUAUUGUGGUUUGCAACAGUAACACCAACACCUGAUAAUCAUCCAUUUAUAUCAGAAUAUGAAAAGGAUUAUAUUAAUAGUGCUAAUUCAAACAUUGGUCAAAUCAAGAUGAAAGUUCCCUGGUUAUCGAUUUUAAGUUCAGUCAAAAUCUGGUCAAUUAUCACUGUGAAAGGUUGUCUUGCGAUUGGUUACAUGGUGAUAAACACGAAAAUCCCUGCAUAUCUUGAGUCUCAACUUGGAAUGGAUCUUUCCAGUAACGGUACAUUCAACUCGUUAAUUUAUAUCGCACUCGGUUUUUCCAAUCUGGUGACUGGACCUUUUUUCAAGUAUCUUAUUAGCAAAGGUUACGUGUCCAGGACAGUGGCUCGAAAAAUCGCUGAAAGUAUUACGGUUUUCCUUCCGGCUAUCGCUCUGGCUUCAAUCCCUUUCGUUGGGAAAGAUGUAACUGUGAUCAAAGUUCUUUUAAUUGUAUCGGUGUUUUUCAUGGGAUUUCAAUCAGCUGGUGAUUGGCCAAUAGUUUCCGAAGUAGCCCCUGAUUUAGCUGGAAGUGUUUUUGGCAUUUGUAAUACCAUUGGAGCGGCAGCGGGAUUCAUUUCACCCUUGAUCAUUGGAGGUUUACUUGAUAGUGGAUUACCGAGCAAUCAAGCUUGGACGAUAGUAUUUUUCAUUGGUGCUGGUGCCAUGAUCUUCGGAGGGUUAGUAUUCAUAAUAUUUGCUAAUACUGACCCAGAACCCUGGGGAAUUGCUCCUUCAAGAUCAACCGAUAAUCUAGCAACUGUCUUCGAAACUCAUAAGAAGCACAAACAUCACAAGGUUCGUGUUCAUCCCGUUUUCAGCCGACAAACAUCAGUCGCUUAAACCAAACUGUAAUCCAGUAAUAAACUUUCAACUGAUCAAUAAACUUACAUGGAUAUCAAAUAAUAGAUACAUGAUAUUCAAUAUUUUAAGCAUUUGAGAAA